AGGAAGGAAAUGAGAACGCCUGAAGCAGACCGUGGAACUCUAGCAGGGCCUUCUCCUCCUAAAAGCUCCUGGUGUUUUAAAAUAGAACCAAAGGGGCCGCGUAUGAGGGGCUCUAAUAACGGACCGCUGACAUCUGCAUGGAAGUGUGCUUCAACGCCUGACAAAGUCCUUGUUGCCGUGGUGUUGGUAUGAUGAUGUAUGAUGUCUGAGGGUGUGUUCGGGUGUGCGAUCAAGCCGGCUUGGACCGUGUGAAUGUGAGAGAGAAGAAAUUGAAAAGCCUCCAGGGGGAUUUCCUCCAAAAGGGAAAGCUUUUUUCCUCCUCCUCCUCCUCCUGCUCCUCCUCCUCCCCUUUCUCCAACAACUUCUAUUUCCCUCCCUCCUUGUUUCUCCCUCUCACUCUAUCGACUUCACCCCCAACUUGCUCAAACACUCCGAGGAACCGGAGAUACAAGAACAAGGAGGCUCAACAGGCAGCUUGACAACUUUUUCCUUUUUUACGUUGCCGAGCUCUCGCAGUCGCGGAGACGUUGAUGAGGAAUCAAGGUGGCUUUCGUGGGCUUUCCAUCAGGACUGUCAUGUGGACGUACUUCAGCAGAUGACAGCUUCUGUGUUGCUACUCUAAACAUGGCAAGACUCGCGGCGCAGAUCUCGGGGAGCUUCUCUGGAGAGGACUAUGAUACAUUCGGUUCCUGACUGAAGAGAAACUGCAGUGAAGAUGAACCCGGAAUCUCUAGAUUCGUCCAUCCAGAGCGCCCUAUCAGCGCUCUAUCCCCCUUUUGAAGCCACAGCGCCAAUCGUCCUCUGCCAGCUCUUCCGCACUAUCGAGGAGCGUUACCAUGGCGAUGCCUUGCAGUGCCUGCUGGACUUUCUCAUCCCCUCCAAACACUUGUUGGAAAGUGUACAACAAGCAGCAUGUGCUGGAUACUCGGAUGUGGUUUUCCGCUGCGAGGGCUGGCCUCUGUGUCUCCAUGACAAAACUGUUGUCCAGUUAGCUCCCGUGAACCCUUUGCUGCUGCGUCCCGGGGACUUUUAUUUCCAGGUGGAACCUUUUGGCGAUCAAGCAGCUCGUAUUGUCCUCAAAAGUCUCCUGGAAGAAGGAUGUCGGGAAGUGGAGGAGACCCCGAUUCCCGAGACGUCCUACCCUUGUAUCUUCACCAAAGACUGGCUGCAGGACAUCAACGAAGGACGCCACGGGACUCCUCUGUCUCGCUGCUUACUUUGCACUGACCAAGGAGUAAUCAAGCUUCCGUGGGAAGACGUAGCCAUCCCAGAGUUUUUAGACAAGCCAAAGGUUACGACCGCUUAUCAGGAAGCUUCCGCUGAGCCAAAGCUGAUGUCCGUUCCUCGCAGUUAUGGCGCAUCUACUCUGCCGUUGGAGGCCAGGAUUAUUCCUUUAAAGGACAACAUGUCAGCAUCUUUGAGGCCUGUGGACUAUUCCUCCAAAGUUGUCAAACUACAUCAUAAACGAAUGCCCAAAUCCUCUCCCAAACCUCUAGUCAGACCUGUGGGUUGGGUGUCGCCCAACACCUGGGACAGCCGAACCUAUCCAGAGGGUGAAGGUGAUUAUGUGGACUUGGUGGAUGUCGCUAAAGAAAAGCAGUUGGUGCUAAAGCAUGGAAACCAUCCAAAUCUGUCGAAUUCGGUUUUGGUCAAACCUGUCAGACCCCCACCAUCAGCACUACCUGGGGGUAGCCUUUUUUGCGGGCGCACCCUUCAGUAUGCAGAGGACCCUUGUACACCGUGCAGCCAAAGAAACCUGGGGGGGGAUCCCUCAGGGGAAGACGUCAAGUGCCGGAAUAGAGACUCUUACCUGGCGGCGCUGAGUAACCCUGUUCCCUUUGAGAAGGGGAGUGUGGACCUCCUUGCAGCGCUGGAGGAGGACAGCCUUUGUGAGGACUUGGACUUAAGAUCCCAGGCUACAUUUGAGGACUACAACAACGUACUUGGACAGUUGAGUAACCGCUGUAAAACGCCCGUGUCGGGCCAAUACCGACACCUCUGUGAGCCAACGGCAGAAUUCAUUGGCUCCCAUCACAAAAAUCCUCCCGAAGCAGAGGAGUCGACCAUUAUUUUGAAAUCAAGCCCUGGCUUAAGUAAAGUCUACAUCGAGAAUACCUCUCAGGACACACGGCACCCUGAGUCGCUUCUGGAUAAUUGUGAUCAUGAGAACAACGAUGUCGGGAAACCGCCAGGAAAACACAAAUGGAAAUCUCGGUCUCUCUCUACGGUAUCUGACACUCCUCAAGGAAGUCCACGUUCCUAUGAACCCAGCACCAGGAGCCACAGUGAUAUUUGUCCAGACGCAGUUCACAAAGGUGAACUGUUGGAUCUGGUGACUCCAAAGGGGAACUCUACAAAAGAUUCCCAGUCAAGUGAGAGUAAUACUCCCGCCACUUCAGAUGGACCACAUGCGAGACCCCAGAACCUAAAGAACCAAGACAUUUCAUCUUCUCACCUUCUUCUAUCUGUCGGUUCUGACUCAACUCCUCAAUGUCUGGCGUCCGGUCUACAAAGCGUCAGCGCUUUGCUUGAGCUGGGUAUUAUUUGUUUACCAGGCAGCCGGGACAAGACUGGCAGGGCGGUGGUGGAGCUUUACUGUGACAGGAAGUGGACCUCGACUCCUCCAUCAGCACAGAAUCUCUGCAUGUUGCUGCUCUAUCUCCACUCCAUCCCCAGGAAAGAUGUGCGAGAACUGGGACUGACUUUGGUCAUCGAUGCCAGGAAGAAGGCCCCCCCACCUCACCUCUACAAGGCUCUGCUCAUGGCUCAGGAGCAAGCUCUCCACGCUGUCCACAGCAUUGUGAUGCUGGUGGAUAAAGACACAUCUCCACGUCCAGAAAAGCAGCCUGGUCUCCAGAUGGACGUGGUGACGUCGAUGAAAGCGCUCUACAAGACGGUUGAAGCUUGCCAGUUGACCCCUGACCUGGGAGGAACCUUCAGCUACAGCCAUGCGGAUUGGUUGCAGUUCCAUCAAAAACUGAUGUCUUUCAUAACUGACCUGCAAGAGGCUGACAUUUUGUUGCAGAGAGCCAUUUCCAAAGUGAACGAGAGCAACAUCCUGGACACUUCCCAGGAAGUGCGGCGAUGCAUUCAGGAACAGGGAGAUUUGAUGAGGGAGGUGUUGAAGGACGCGGGAUUGGUCACGCUGCAGAGAGAAGGCGGGGCGGUGCUCGCCAGGCUGAGGAGGGAAGAGUUCAGAUUUGCACAGUCUGAGGACUACAGAGAUGCUCUGGAGUCGGUGACGCUUCUCUACAACCAAGUGGAGGAGAAGCUCCACAUGCUGGUGAUGACAUCAAAUGAGUCCCUUCAGCAGUUGGAGUUCCUUUUCCUGGUCAGAGAGACGGAGGAGAAAAUCACUGAGGCUGCGGCGUGGUUCAACCAGGAAGGCGAACAUGGGCUGAAGGUCUUUGACAAAGAAGAUGACUUAUACACGGGGAACAUCUUGCAGCAGUUUGACGCGUUCUUCAUCGAAGCCAAGGAAAAGCAACAUCAUGCAUCGGUUCUUGUGACUGAAGCUGAGAAGAUGGUGAGCACCGGUGUCUGGAGUCCUGCAACAGAUGUUUUUCGGACGCUCAUCAGUACUUUCAAGAGCAAUAUGGAAGACUUUAUGUCACGGGUGCUGCAGAUGCAAAACGAAGUGGACAAACUUGUGCAAGUGUACCGUUUCUGUGAUGAGGCAUCUGCCUUGGCCAAGGAAUGCAGUCGGUUUUUGGAGCAGGUAGAGCAGGGGUGUGACUUGGCUCAAGCCGGUGUCGGCACACUGCAGAUGUAUGAGGAGAGAUUAGGUGAUGAAUUCUCCACCCUGCGUUUCCAGGCCUGGAAAUCUAAGGCCUGUUCUUUAAGAUGGGGAGCUUCGGGGGCGACGAGUGCGUGGAAUGCGGCCUGGGUGGGGCGCCGGGAAGUCAGGCAGCGUCUUGAGAAGGUGCAGAAGAAGAAGAAGACAGGCAGAGAUAAGAAGCAGAACCAGCAGACUGGGGAGGCUGGAGCAAUGACCUCUCAGAAGGUCGUAGCUGACAUCACCGAAAGCGACAAUGCAGCAGCUGCCUGGUUUAAGAACAACUUGAAGGUGUCCUUGAAAGGGAACGAAAAAAGAGAACCUCCCUCGCUAAAGUUCCUACCACUAACAAACGGAGACUCUAGUAUUAGUCCACGUGAUGGCAAGUGUGGACUAGACACUAAACUGGGAACACGAGGACACCAGAGUGAGAUCGAUCUGAGGACCACAAUCCCAGUUCACGGGGACGCUGACAUCCCAGUAUGCCAGAGUUUGGGUCGAUCCCUGAGUGAGGGAUCUCGUGUACGCACUCACGUCCCGUUUGGCUUUUCCCCUUUAAAUGGAAGACCACCACUCUGGCAGAGCAACAAGCAACCACUGGAACUCCACUUGGACCAACAUCUGCCCACUCCCCUCACGGAGAGCAUGACGGAGAGUCAUGGCAAUGCUGAGGAACGUCCCACCAAAGAAAAUGCAGCUUCUACCCAAAGCCCUGAAGAUUUAAAGGAACGGUUACUCACAUCAGCUGAACACAGCAACGUUUUAAAACUACGUAAGCUGAUGGAGGAGCUGCUGUCCACAGAGAGGGAAUACGUAAAGGCUCUUGGCUACGUUCGAGAGCACUACUUCCCCGAAUUGGAAAGAAGCGACGUCCCACAAGACCUCAGGGGCCAGAAGGGGAGCAUCUUUGGGAACCUGGAAAAACUGCACGACUUCCACCGCCAUCAUUUCUUGAAAGAGCUGGAGAACUGUCUGAGCGAACCCUUCAGGGUGGGACGCUGCUUCCUGCGGCAUAGGGAACAUUUUGCUUUGUAUGCCCUUUACAGCAAGAACAAACCACAGUCUGAUAGUCUUCUCAUCAAUCAUGGAAAGGCCUUCUUCAAGCAAAAGCAGCUGAGUCUCAGGGACAAAAUGGACCUGUGGUCCUACUUACUAAAACCGGUGCAGCGGAUCAGUAAGUACAGCCUGCUGCUGCAAGACAUGAUGAGGGAGUGCGGGCCGGUUCAAGGCAAGGAGCUGGCCGAACUCAAGGCUGCCUUGGAGGUGGUUCACUUCCAGCUCCGUCAUGGGAACGAUCUGCUGGCCAUGGAUGCUAUCCAUCAAUGUGAUGUUAAUCUCAAAGAGCAAGGGCAGCUCAUCCGCCAGGACGAGUUCUCGGUAACAUUCCGAAAGAAAAAAUGUUCCCGUCAUAUUUUCCUCUUUCAAGAACUCAUCCUCUUCAGCAAGACCAGGAAGACAGAUGUCGGGAAUGAUACGUACGUCUACAAACAGUCAUUCAAGACGUCAGAUGUUGGCAUGACCCAGAACUCUGGAGACACCGGUCUCUGUUUUGAAAUUUGGUUCCGAAAACGAAAAACACAAGACACGUACACACUGCAAGCAGUUAGUCGCCAGGUUAAGGAGGCUUGGACCAAGGACCUGGAAAGGAUUCUCUGGGAUCAGGCACUACACAACCGAGAGGUCCGUAUGCAGGAAAGAGUCUUUAUGGGAAUUGGAAAUAAGCCCUUCAAGGACAUCCAGCCCAGCGAUGCAGCAAUUAGCGAUCGAGCUGUCGACUGCGGCCUCAUGGGAAGAGAAAACAAAGUCCUGUCCUAUGUUGAACGAUACGGAGCACAAAAUGGGAUUCCUGGGGCGCGACCAAAAUCUUCCGGUUCAGGGAGUAUUUCAUCCUCCUCCUCUUCAUCUGGAAGAGAUUCCCUGUCCCCGACGACAUUCCUUUGUGCGCCAAAGCCGAGGGGUCUUGCGGAUAGCUUGGAGGGAUACGUAGCGCCACCGGGGGUUCACGUGGAGGACGAUGUGGACCACGAGAGCGGGAGUCCCAACUUAUUGUUGGACGGCUCUGAGUCAUCGGGAGAAAGUGUCAGCGGCCUGAGCAGUUCUGCUCACAGCUACCACUCCAUUCUGCAAAGGGAGUCUGAGGACAUGUCUUCAGGUGGCAGCCAUCAAACGGGAGCAUGUGGAUCUCCUGAGGAAAAACAAACUGUAGUUGCAGCUCAGGCCAAACCGCACGACGAGGCUAAGGACCUGCAUUGCGGCAAGAACCUAAAUGUUGGAAAGUCCACCGAGGUUUGAACAAUCCCAUGAGACUGAGAAGACCCCAAAGACGUUGGAGUGUAUUUGGCAGCAGCGAGUACUGCCAACAAUUCCACUUUGUAGAUAUUGUAUAUUAAUAUCUCCCCUUUAUCAGUAGCGUCGCCUCCACUAAAGGUCUCAUCAUGGACCAGAUAUGGACUGCACUUCUUACACAACAUUUUAUAGAGACAGGAAAUGUUAACACGUUUGUAGAAUCUUUGUAAUAUUUAUGAUUUUGUGUUGACUCAGUACUUGUUUACGUAACAGGAAUUGAAGAAUACUGUUUAAUAAUAAUAAUAAUAAUUCAGACCCUAGUCACAAGAUAAAUGUAUAGGUACUACUACUACAUGUUAUUGUAUUUUCGAUUCCCCUGUGUACAGAUGUAUAUCCAGGGUACAUAAUAUACGGUAUGUCUUUACCACACUAAUAUGCCACUGAUAUGUUUUCUAUUUGACACAGUCUUUGCAAUGAUGAUGUUUACUUUAACCUGUAUUUUUUAUUUGCACGUCACAUUUUUUUAAUAAUAAAUCAAACUUACAAAUGAAUGUCACAUGAAUAUGGUUUAUGUGGUGUCUUUAAUGUAAAAUGGCAUGUUUAUUUGUUCGAUUUACAUUUAUUUACAAAAAAUGUGUUACAUUUUCUGCAAUAAAUACAUUGGAUUAUUAAGCAUCCUUUAAUUUGUGCAGUAAUAAAAAAUAUGCCCAAUGUUAAACUAAUUAAUAACAAAUAUUCAGCAUAACCACAAUGAAAAUAAAUCGUUCCGAGAAUAGU